AUUCUUAGGUUGAAGAGGAAGAAACAGUCCCUGUGCAGUCGACGGUUGUAGAGGAAGAAACAGCCCAGCCUGCCUGUUUUUUUUCGCGUUCCGGCAGUCCAAACAGCAAGAACAGCACCUGUACUUGCUGCCCGUUUUCUUCGCGUUCCGGCUGUCCAAACAGAAAGAACAGCAGCCCUCGCGUGCAGAAUUCCCGAAAACAGCAGUUGCAGAGCGUGGCCGGAGCUAGAGGUCGACUAUGGUAGCUAAGGGGGGGCUGUUUGAGCGACAGAAAAGCGAAGAAACAGCACAACAAUGCUGUCGCUUGCUGCAGUCGCUGGUUCCGUGUGAUCUGUGCAGUCUGCCGUCUCCGAGCCCCUGCACGCGACUACUUCCGUGUUCCCAGCCGUGCUGUCGUGUCUAUGUGAUCAUCAAACAGCAAGCAGAAAACAUUAGUCGUUGCCAUGUCUUCUCGAGCGACCAAACAGCAGACAGACCAUCGAUGUGUUCUCGUAGCAGCCUAGCAAUAGUCAGAACCUUGCUGUCCGUCGCCAAACAGCAAACAGCAAACAGCGAACAACAGCGAGCAAAAGGGUGCUGUCGCACCUUUCCGGACAGCAACAGCAGCGAGCAAAAGGGUGCUGUCGCACCUUCCCGAACAGCAACAGCAGCAGUACCAUUCACUGCUGUGCAGAUUUUUGUUCCUUCGUUGCACCUCGUACCCAAACAGCAAGCAGCAAACAGCACCAUUGCUGUGCUGUUUUCCUUGCGUCCUUUGCCUAAUCAUCACAGCAGGCACGGUUGUGCUUUAGCGGACAGCUUAUACCGCACAGCAACAACAGUCGCUGCUGUCCUGUUUAUAUCGCCUCCCUUGCGACUAUCGGAUUAAUCCCGAGAAAUUAGGAUUUCCCCUAAAUCCUACAUGUUCCUUUAGCGGCGGGGCUCAAAAGGGUUGAGAGGAGCGUUGAUUCGUGAAAGGCUCUUUUGUAGUUAUAGCUUUUGUUACUUUUGAGCGUUGCGUAUUGGGGUUACGCUAUUUUUGGAGAUUGAUAAAAAACACCCGUCUUUAAUCUAGAUAUAGAAUAAUCUAGAUCAGUAGGUUGUUAUUUAUCUUCUCGGUAGCUGUUUUGUAAACGCUUUACUAUUACCCUUUGUUGGGUGAAUUUUAAUUCUAGA